CGCUCUGCUCUAGUGCUGUGAAAUCUAUGGCAAGGAGCUGCGCGCUGGUUGGCGGUUGGUGCAGUGCUUCCGGUUAGCGCGAGGGGUUGUGGGGGACCGUUGGGCGCUGUUAGUUCGGGCCCGUCACAGUCAGCGGGGCUGUGGAGAACGAGUCGCUAUGUCUCACACAAUUUUGCUUGUUCAGCCUACCAAGAGGCCAGAAGGGAGAACAUAUGCUGACUAUGAAUCAGUGAAUGAGUGCAUGGAAGGAGUUUGUAAAAUGUAUGAAGAACAUCUGAAGAGAAUGAAUCCCAACAGCCCAUCCAUUACAUAUGAUAUCAGCCAGUUGUUUGAUUUUAUUGAUGACCUGGCAGACCUCAGCUGUCUUGUUAUUGUACCGUGCUGACACUCAGACAUACCAACCCUAUAAUAAAGACUGGAUCAAGGAGAAGAUCUACGUCCUCCUUCGCAGGCAGGCUCAGCAAGCAAGCAAAUAAUGGGGCUAGCUCUUUAAGGGGCUUGGGGAGGGCUUGGACAACAGGUGUGUACAGUAGUAGAAGUUUUGUAUCAUAGUCAUCCUGUUGUCAUCGUGUUAAUCUCUAGCCAGGACUGAAUGUAUUGUUAGAUAUACAAGGAUUUUGUUCAGUUUGAAAUCCUCUUUUUAGUGUAAAUGAUGAAAAUGUAAGAUCUUUGGCAGGGAUUUAACUUUGGUUUUUAUCUGGUUAGCUUACAAUCCUACUUUGUUCAACCUCUACGGCUAUUCAUAAGCUUUGCCAGAUUCACUGUAUGUGCCCUUCUGUAGGAUAUCCAAUUAUUAGUGGAAAAUAAAAUGAAUACGCUUUAGUUAAA